CCUGCAGAACGGCGGACCGGGCUGCAGGGCGGACCGAGCGCUUCACUGACCGCACGGCGUCUCCUCUCUCCCGGUCGUUUCUUGCCUCUGGGCUGCGUCAGUCUUUUUAACCUCCUCCAAAGGAAACUGAACGGGACAAAAACAACAACAAACUGUUCCUGCGUCCACAGGAACAAGGAACGCCUCUACACAGCUCUAAGUAUUCACACUUUAUUUCCAUUUUCAAAAGCCCGAACGUUAGUGGAUAAUCAGUGAACGCGUGACUUCGGAUCGUCAGGAUCUCGAAUUGGACCCAUCGGCCCGUCCCGUCCAGUCCCGUCCCGUCCCGCCAUGCAGCAGGAGCGCCUGCUGAAGGUGCUGGUCAUCGGCGACCUGGGCGUGGGUAAGACGUCCAUCAUAAAGCGGUACGUCCACCAUGUGUUCUCCCAGCACUACAGGGCCACCAUCGGCGUGGACUUUGCCCUCAAAGUGCUCAACUGGGAUCACAAGACGGUGGUGCGGCUGCAGCUGUGGGACAUCGCUGGACAAGAACGCUAUGGGAAUAUGACCCGCGUCUACUACAGAGAAGCACUGGGGGCCCUUGUUGUCUUCGACAUGACCAGGCUGGCCACGUUCCAGGCUGUCCUGAAGUGGAAACGAGACCUGGACUCAAAAGUCACUCUGAGCAACGGGAAGCCAGUUCCAGCCGUUCUGCUGGCCAACAAGUGUGACCAACGUCAACUCGGUCUGUGUCCCAAACUCCCAAAGCUGGAGAACUUCUCCCAAGACCACAGCUUUGUUGGCUGGUUUGAAACAUCUGCUAAGGAUGACACCAACAUCGACAGCGCCAUCACGUGUUUGGUGAAAGCGAUCAUGUCUGGGGAAGAGGAGAGAGCGUCGAGCAACGGCGCUCGCAGCGAGGCCGACAGCGGGAUCGUCGUUCUGCCUCGUUUCGACCACAGCGCCAAGGAGAAGGGACUCGGCGGCUGCGCCGGGUGCUCCUCGGCCAAACCCAGAGCCAGAACCGGUGACUGAUGCAGAUCCACCAGCGUCAUGGAGCGACGACUUCAAGUCUUCCCCUUUAUAACAUCCAGAAGUUUCCCUAACUCUCUGGAAAAACUCUAUUGGAGAUGUUUUCUGACAUUUUUGCUUUUCCUCCAAGUCUCCAAGCUUUUUUUAAAUUUUUUUUUUUUUUAACAAACUGGGGCAUUGUAUGUUUUUUUUUUUACAACCAAUUUAAGAUUGACUUCAGCAACCUCAAAAGCAUUUUCCCGUGGCUGCUGCGUCGAGGCACCAGGGCAGCAUUCUUCUCAGAAAGGCGACCGUUAAAAGCACGUCAGCAGUUGUGAGACUUUUCUCUCUUCUUUUCUCACAGAGCAUAUUUUCAUUGUCCUAAAUGUCUGUAUCUGAAAGCACAUGUCUCUUGUGUAUUUCAGAGUGAUUUAUUUAUUUAUAUUUUACAUCAGUUAAUUAUUAGACAAAACUCUGUCAUGUUUCACUCUGUCCUGUCUGCAGAACAGAACAAAGUCUCUGUUUUGAUGAUGCCCGUUGUUUUUGUCCUGCAACAGAAAAGCCUUUUCCCUUUAUGAUGCAUGAAGUAACUGCCUCCCAGAACACACGUGUUUGGACGCAGCGAGACCUGAACGAUGCUCGCAGGAAAUCGAGCAUCGUUUUCCACAGCGGCUCUUCAUUUGGCGACAAAAGAGCAGAAUCAACAACUUUAAAAAAAUAAAAUAAAAUACAGACAUAGCAAAUGCCGAUUCCAGCAGUUUUGGAAUAAACAUUGCUUUAAACUUCCACCAAAGAAUGAUACAAGUAUCAUUCUUGAAUCUAGUAGUAUUUAUUUUUUUUCCCAUCAUUACAUUGGAAACUAAGUGUUUUUUUGUUUGUAUGUUUGUUUGUUUGCAUCCCAUUAAAAAAGUAUCAAUCCUC